UCAGCUCUCAUCAUCAAUGGCGACUUCUUCUCUUGUGCAAACCCUCAGGCGAUACGUCAAGAAGCCAUGGGAGAUAACCGGACCUUGCGCACACCCGGAAUAUCUCGAAUCUGUUCCGAAGGCAACGGAGUAUCGGAUCCGAUGCCCCGCGACGAUUGAUCAGGAGGCGAUCGUGCCUACUUCGGAUCCCGAGACUGUUUACAACAUCUUGUAUCACUCGAGAGAUCAGAGGCGUAACCGUCCGACGAUCAGGCGUUAUCUGAUGAAGAAGGAGAUGAUGAAUGAGAAGAAGACUUUCGAAGAGACGGAUUUUCCUAGGGUUUACUUGACGACUACUGUUGACGAGGAUGAGAACGCUCGUGGUGGAGGCUAUGAGUAGAUGAGUAAACAGGUGGCGAGUUUUGAUUGAUUGGUAAGGUUUUUUGUAGUCUCCGUCUCUCUUCUGAUGGGCCAAGGAUUGCAUGUGAUGUUUCUCUAAAAAUUCUCCCUGGUUUCCUUUUAUCUAAUAAGGUUUGUAGCUUUGUGGAUACUACAAAAACACUUUAUCUUUCUUCACAAGAACCAGAUUGUCGUUCAGACAUAUUCCUUAUGUUUUACGCAUAUCUAUGAUGAUGAUGAUAAAGUCAUGAUUGUCUCAAGUCUUCAGUCGUAUUAGAAAUGGCUGCUUAUGUAAAUAAUAACACAGAGAAACAGGUAGUAACCUCUGUGUUCUUACGGUCCCUUUUUCUAAUUCAUCAGCGACAGGAAAAUCAAAUAAAGAAUCAAAAGGAAGAAGAAGCAGAGACUGUGAAAAAGCCAGAAUGCCACCAAACUUUGUCUCAAUUUAUGCAUGGAUGUGCGUGUGUUUUAUGACUAUUACCCAAAAACAGACUGUUUCUUUGAACUGUUUUGCUUCUGCCUCUGGCAAGGAUAUGUCAUUGUCUCUCUCUCGACAUGUGCCUUUUGCAUUUACUAUUGUACAGACAGAUAACGACGGCUCAGGAUUAAAGAAAAAUAACACUGUGUGUUUGCAAUUUUGGUCCAAAACGUGUCUGUGAUAAUGCAUUAGUCCUUUAGGUUUACUAAAGCGUUUCAGCCGCUCUCUCUGUGACCAUCUGCACACAAUGUGGUUUUGCAGCUGGUGAAAGUUAGA